AUGACAAGAUUCGUCAGUCUCGUCAGUCUGAAUCAUCCCGUUGUUCAUGAGUUCCAUGGUCCAAUUUCCGAUAGCCGCAUGCUAAUCCAAGGCCUUGGGUCUAUAUCUCUCGUUGGUAUCGUUUCACGAUAUUUAGCCCUCAAGAUCAAUGACUUGGUUUUGGCUAAAACCUUCGGGUUCACAUUCUCGACGCCUCCCCGUUGCCUCUUUUGCCAUGAACCCCCAAAAGGAAACCUCAGGCAAAUCAGAAGGCAAAAAAAAAAAGAUGCAGAGAAAAGAAACAAUCUGUGCCGGAUGCAUAAGAUCCAUAUAAUUCUCAUCUGA